AUGAGACAAUUCAAACAAGCCCAACGCUUUGUACCCAAUCAGGGAAAGUGAUAAACGAAAAUCAACCAUUCAAUUGGAAAAGGGUUUCCGGUGUUGGAGAAUUGGCCACUUGGGGGCAGAACCCGCAAACGUAUAAAACGACUAGGCAUUUCGAUCAAAAUUAGCAAUUUGUUAACAGCUUCAAUCAGUUAAACAUUAAAAAUCCUAUUUCCAAUAUACAAUGGCACGCUCCGUUCUACUCCUGUGCAUUGGUGUCGCCAUGGUCUGUGCCUUCCCCGUCGAUGACGUGGAAUUGCAUCGCGAGAAAAGAGGAGCGGCUGUUGCACCUGGAGGCGGCUCCGGAUACGGUGGUGCGUCCGGAGGUAGUUACGGAUUCGGUUCCGGAGCCGGAGCUUACGGCGGAACUGGCGGAGGAUACGGCGGGAUCGACACCGGAGCAGCUAGCGCCGCAGCCGCCGCUGAAUUAGCCAACGCUGCAGGCGUUGCCGGAAGCUCGGCUACCAGCGCCAUUGCGUCGGUGGUGCGCAGCGAUUACAACAAACAAUUGGCCACCACUGCCCAAUUCGUGGCCCAGUACACGGCCCCCGUGACUUCCAAUGAGCUGCACAAUUCCUUCAACGCCGUGACCAGCCAACAGGCGGCCGGUGAAAUCGCUGCAGCUUUGGCCGCUGCCAGCCCAGCCAUUUGGGCCGCUUCCAACAGUGCUGCCCAAACCAACUUUGCCUCCGCUUUCCAGGUGGCUCAGUCUGGUUCGUUGGCCGCCGCCGCCCACAACGCCUUCGCCCAGCAGUCCGUCCAGUUGGCCGGCUCGGCUCAGGCCGCUCAAGCUCAAAGUGCCGCUCACGCUGCGGCUUACGCUUCGGCUGCCAAGACUUCAAGCGUCGCCAUCGACGCCGCCGCCCUCCAGGCAGUCAACGGCAUCACCUCCCUUGGCAACAGCGCCGCUUCCAAUUUUGGAAAUGGAUACGGUCACUACGGAAAAUAAAUUGAUUAGUUUUUCUUCUUUUUUUUCACUCCUUCUCCCGUUUGAUUAGUAACUUGUUGAGAAACGGAAUUCUCAGAUUAUCUUUCCUCUUCUUUAUUAUGUGGACCGUCGUUGAUCGACAUCAUUUGCACUUUCCGUCACUGUUCACCUAAUACAGCAGCUACUUUUUGGCCAAUA